CUUUGACUUCCUUGCAUGAUUUGACCAACUUUAUCUAUGGUUCUUUCGUAUGUGUAUUAUGAGAUGAAAUGUCAUCUUUUGUUAGCCAUGAUUGGAGCCUUUGCCGUCAUGGUCGUAGCUCAGAAACAAGAAGGUUUCAUCAGUUUGGAUUGUGGGUUUCCUAUUGAGGAAUCUCCAUAUAGUGAUCCCUCUACUGGAUUAACUUUCACCUCAGACUCCACGUUCAUCCAGACCGGAAAAAGCGCUAGAAUCGAGAAACAGCUAAACCAAAAUUUCCGAAAACCAUAUUUGACACUAAGAUACUUUCCGGAAGGGAAACGUAACUGUUAUAGUCUUAAUGUCAACCGUGGCACAAAUUAUCUCAUCUCGCUUACUUUCAUAUAUGGGAAUUAUGAUGAUCUUAAUGUUUACCCAAACUUUGAUCUGUAUCUCGGUCCUGAUAAGUGGAGAAGAAUAGAUAUGGAAGGAAGAAGUAAUGGUACAAAGGAGGAGAUCAUUCAUAUACCUAGGAAAAACUCUUUGGAUAUUUGUCUUGUUAGAACAGGAACAACCUCGCCAAUAAUAUCAGCCAUAGAACUACGACCACUGAGAAAUGAUACUUAUGUUACACAUUCCGGUUCACUAAGGAGGUCUUUCCGGGUGUAUCUUAGCAAUUCCGAAAGGGAGGUAAGGUUUGCUGAUGACAUGUAUGAUCGUAUUUGGACUCCAUUCUUCAGCUCUAGAUUUACGCAGAUUACAACGAAUCUCAAUAUAAACACCUCAGAUACAUUUGAGGUACCAAAAGCAGCACUUUCGAGUGCUGCUACGCCUAGAAACGCGAGUGCGCCAUUCAUCAUUAGUUGGAAACCCAUACCCUCUGAUGCUGAAGUCUACUUGUAUCUUCACUUUGCGGAGAUACAAACCCUUCAAGCCAACGAGACUAGGGAAUUCGACAUUAUAAUGAAAGGAGUUUUUAAUCAGUCAGGAAUUACGCCUCCUAAGCUUGAGCGACUUACAGUAUUUUCUGCUGUACCACUACAAUGUGACUUGGACGGUUGUCGUUUAGAGCUGGUAAGAACUCCAAAGUCAACUCUUCCACCUCUGAUCAAUGCUCUUGAGGCUUACACUAUUAUCGAAUUCCCACAACUGGAAACAAACUCAAGUGAUGUUGUUGCUAUCAAGAACAUCAAAGCUACUUAUCGUUUGAGUAAAAUCAGUUGGCAAGGAGAUCCAUGUCUCCCUCAAGAAUUAUCUUGGGAAAAUCUUGGAUGCAGUUAUGCUAAUAUCUCCACCCCACCAAGAAUCAUUUCCUUAAACUUGUCAGCAAGUGGGUUAACUGGGAGUAUAUCCCCAAUUUUACAGAAUCUAGCGCACAUACAAGAACUAGACUUAUCCAAUAACAGUUUGACUGGAUCUGUGCCUAAGUUUCUGGCCAACAUCAAAUCAUUAUCUUUGAUAAACUUAAGUGGAAACAAUCUUACCGGCUCAGUUCCACAGAAUCUACUUGAUAGAGAAAAGGAAGGACUUGUCUUAAAACUUGAAGGAAAUCCUGAGCUAUGCAAGAUUAGUUCGUGCAACCCAAAAGACAAAAAGGAACUGUUAGUACUGGUUAUUGCACCAAUUGCCUCUGUGCUUAUUGCAAUAGUGGUUGUGGGUCUCUUUCUUGUUUUCCGAAAGAAGAAGGUGCCUUUAGACGUACAUGCUCCACCAAGCUUGCCCGUAGCAUAUGUUGGACAUUCUAAACAUUCAGAACCGUCAUUUUUUCUCGAAAAAGAUAAGGUUUACCUAUUUCGAGGUUCAAGAAAUGACAAAUAACUUCAAACGAGUUCUUGGUGAAGGAGGGUUCGGAGUUGUUUA